AUGAAGGAUGGUGUAGUCGGCUCAGUAGCAUCAUCGCAGAAUCUGAGGCUCAGCGCGGGCAUCGCAGCGGCAGAUUGGAGAGACGAGUACGGUGAUGCAGAGGACUGGGCUAGAGAGAACAAGAGCAACGACAUAGUGUUGGGGGAAGAGGAUUGGGGAGAUGGUGGAGGUAGGAGGGAAAGGAGUGACGAGAGCAACCAGCCACAGGCCUCGGGAUCUUCCACCGAAAGUCUGCAAAAUUCUCGUGAAGACAUUCCGAAUGCCUCCCUCGCACCUCCUCCCAGGCCGAAAGCUCACAGGAGACGCGGGUAUGGGUGGACCCGCAGAAAAACUAGAAGGGCAACUACUCAAGGUCGUGCUGUCCGGGUAGGCGGCAAGCACCCAGUCGAGGGCGUCGAUGGCGAAGAAGACGAGGCAAGGCUAAUGAAAAGGCAGCGUAUUAGUGAGGAGGCCGUUGCGGGGUCAUCCAACGCACGUUCAAUGUCGUUGGACAACACGAUUGGUGCGACCAACGUCCGUCAGCUGCGAUCGCGCAGCAUCGUCUUUCCCGAUGGUCCCGCAAACGAGGGAAGCGACGAGGGAAACAGGACGACGAGGUCGCCAUCUCCAGAUCGUGCAUCAGAACGACCGACUUUAGGAGAUCCACUAGAAAAUGAGGUAGACUUCACUCUCAUAAAAACAGAAGAUGAAGAGGAAGUUUACCUCUGGGAUACUCCUCCGCCUCGGGAUUGGAGUCUGCUGAUGCCAGAAUAUGAACUGGCAACCGGAAACACGUUCCGAUUUGACAGUAACCGGAGUACGCCGGAGUUGACGACUGGACGUGACGGGUCCCAUAGGGAUAGAAACGAAUCGGUCGGCUCAACGCCCGUAGGAACGCCGCGGGCCCAAUCAGUGGACGUCCAAUCGAUUGAUAGAUCCCUUGUGAUCGUUCUUCCGGGAACGAUGGAGGAAGCGGAGCCACCGGACGAAUUGAUGGACGUUCGGGAUGAGGGUGAGGACGAGGACGAGGGCGAGGACGAUGUCUUGGUUCCUUCCAUCCCCGUUGACAGAAGAAGAUCAAGGGCUCCCAGCCCUCCAUCUCUUCCUCCGUCACACUCCGUCUCAAGACUUUCAACUCCCUAG